AUGCGAUUCAACAGCUUUGUACUUAUUGUCACUCUUUGCUUAGUAUUUUGCAGCGUUGAAGGCUAUAUUCUGUUGCCAAGUUUAAGUGCGCGAAGAUUUCCAAGCCGAUAUAGCUUUAAUCCUCGUUCAUCGUUCGUUGGAAGCUAUGAAUCAAGAUUGCGGACCCCACUUCGCUCCAGAUCCGACGAGGGCAUGCCGUCAGACGACCCAAAUAGAGGAUUAUUUGGAGUGCUCAAGAGAUUUUUUACGAGACUUCGCUCGUUCUCAAGGUCAAAGAUUUCACGCUUCUCGAAACUGUCCCGGCGAGCAAAAUCUAUUCUACUUGUUCAAGCCGCAAUUAUUGCCAUCCUACUCGGUUCAUCAGGCACAAAAGUCUACAAAUACCAUCGAGGGAAGAGUGCCUCGGGAGAUGCUGGUCCGCCAAUUGAGGUACCAUACAGUACAUUUCUCGACUUAGUUGAAGAGUCAGGAAACAAAGGAGGUAAUGAAGUGAAAGUAGACGCUGUUCGGAUCAGCGGGGACAGGCUUGUUUACAGCCUCACAAAAAAAUCGACAAAUGGUGGCGAGGAGAAACGGAUUACUGCUUUCACAAGAAAGGUCAUGGCUUCACCAGAACUAAUUGAUCAACUUCAAGCGGGCAAUAUUCAAUUCGGUGCAGCCCCUCAAAAGCGAUCGGCAAACACCGUUGCAAUCGUUGCGAGAUCUGCCAUUUUGUUCUUUUACGUAUUGAUUCUUUGGAGAAUGUACAAAGCGUUUGGAAAUAACUCAGGAUCAGAUGAUAUCCCAGGAAAAUUGGCCACCAAUGAACUGCCAUUGGCGAACUUUGAUGAAAUUGAAGGCAUACCGGAGGCUAAAGGGGAAGUUUUAGAACUCGUUGAUGCACUUCGGUUUCCGGAUAAGUAUGCUAUUUUGGGUGCCCGGGCACCAAAGGGACUAUUGCUGGAAGGACCGCCUGGGACGGGAAAAACAAUGCUUGCGAGGGCAACAGCUGCAACUGCAGGGGUCCCUUUGCUGUAUUGCAGUGGAAGUGAUUUUGUUGAAGUUUUUGUUGGUCGUGGAGCAGCGCGGGUUAGAAAGCUGUUUGAACGUGCCGCUCGCAUGGCCCCUUGCAUCAUUUUUGUCGACGAGCUCGAUGCCCUAGGAAAAGCGCGAGAUAUGGGAGGCCAGUUCACGAGCGGGCGGGGCAACGACGAGGCCGAGCAGACACUGAAUCAACUUCUUGCAUGCAUGGAUGGUCUCGAUUCCUCGAAACGAAUCUGUGUCUUAGCUGCAACAAAUAGACGAGAAGUUUUGGAUCCAGCACUAAUUCGACCUGGCCGUUUUGAUCGAAUCGUCACGCUUCGUCUUCCAGAUGCUAAGGGGCGUGAAAAAAUUCUACAAGUUCAUGCAAAUAAGCUUCCAGGUUUCAAGGAGUGCAAUGGAGUUGAUGAACAACGACCGAUGUCUUUAGGGCGAGAUGGCGGUGUCGAUCUUUCUGCAGUUGCUGCAUCCACCACGGGAUUUAGCGGAGCUGAACUCGAGUUUCUGGUAAAUGAAGCUGCAAUUCGUGCUGUCCGACGUGUCAGUUCAGCUAUGCGAAAGGGCAACUCGAAUGUUUCGUCACAUGUAUUGGCAGAGGAUUUCGAAGGCUCACUCGAAUCCUUUUGGAGCUCGAGGAAGCCUAAGUCUGAUGUGAGCAGAGCUUGGAAGAGAGUCUGGCAGUAA